CUCCAAACCUAAUUCUAUUAGUCCAUAUUCUUGAUUAAAAAAUUGUUGUGCAUCCCUGCAAACCAACAGAAUAAGUGUAAUUAUAACUGUCUUGAUAAUAUAGCAUGCCAAAAGAAGUGGUCUCCUAUGGUCAGUCUUUUAUAUGCUAUUCAACUGGUACAAUAAUUCAUUUUAUUAUUAUUAUUAUUAUUAUUAUUAUUAUUAUUAUUAUUAUUGCAUAUAACUGCUAAAAGCUGUUUUGUAAAGAACCAUUUUAACAUUAGAAUGUCUUUAGGUGAUUCAGAACAUUCACAGCUUUAUAUUUGAAAAGAAAAAGUAACACAUUUCAACAAUCUGAACUGAAACUCUGAUCCUCUCAUCAGACUCCUAUAUGGCUCAACUUACUGCUGAACUACUAUUAUGACUUUAUUGGUCCUCUAAACUAAAAUGGUGGACUUUUAUGCCAGGUUUUUGACCUCGUGUUGUAGCUCAUAGAUACCACAAUUGAUGUAAAACAAGUUUAAUGAUCUUUUUUGGUCUGAACUCAAUUCUAAUAAAACUUAGGACAGACAAAAUCACUUUCAAGAGUGAAAUAUGUUCUUUUGGAAAUAAAUGUCACAGACUCCAUGAAUUGAUGCCCAUCUCCUAAAUAUUUGGUCACAUGAUCAAUUUCUUUUACCAUUUCCAAGCAACAGGGGGUGGCUCAACUUACCCUUUGGCUCAAUUUACCCCACUCUCCCCUAUAGAUAAAGCACCAACACGUCCCACCUGGCCCUCUUUGGUGUCAGGGCCGCGUGCCUCUGAAUGACUGAGAGGCGUGUCUCUUGUGGGCGGGGCUACCUGCGUGGAUAUCAACAAAAUGCAGCAGGGCACACACAUGUAGGUUUUUUCUUUGGAUUCAUACGAGACAGACGGGAGUCGACUUCAAACAUGAAGGCUUUAACAUCACCAGGAACUCCCCAUGGGAAACACCGGACCAUGAGGAGGGUAAGUUGAUGCACCCAAACUAACCCUGAACGUUAGUUUGAAAAGUUAUAACUGUUGGAUCGUGAGUGGUGGUGUGAGCAGAGACAAACAGUUAAAUUGGAACUUCACAGUGGCUGCUUUUUUAUUAAAUAAAACACAGUGUUAGCGAUAUCAUACAUGCCAAAGCGGUGUCACGGUUAACUGGGUUGAGGAUUAAUGAGAAAAAGGGAAUCACAGGAGGUUAAUAAUGGCGUCGACUCAUCUCGUACCCGUCUUCCUCACUGACCACAACACGGGCGCCACUCAGUGACGUCCGCCGACGUUAACGUUGUUAAAGGAACAGUACGAAGACAAGACCCCUUUGGCUUUUGUAACAAGAUGUUUGGUUAAGUUAUAUUUUUUCCUCCCUAGGUGUCCAAGCCUGUGAUGGAGAAACGCAGACGGGAGAGGAUCAACCACAGUCUGGAGUCUUUACGACUGUUGAUGCUGGAGAACACAGAUGAUGAGGUGCGUUCACGGCCGUGCGUAAUGCUUCUAUCGUUAAUCUAUAUUCGUGCAGUCGGGCUUAAUCUAACAGCUGUACCACAUAUUUCUUUCCCAACAGAGACUGAAGAAUCCAAGGGUAGAGAAAGCAGAAAUCCUUGAGUGUGUUGUACAGUUCCUGAAGACAGAAAAGGAAGAGCAAAGAGAGCACAGGGCCACGAAGAGAGCUCGGACUGGGGAAGAGAGUCCGACCGUUUCCAGCAGAGAGAGUUUUCACAACGGCAUGAGGUCCUGUCUGUUAAGAGUCAGUCACUUCAUAACCAACCAAAGCCAGGAAUCUGAGAGAAACGGAGAAGAUCCAGUCCGGACGUCCUUUGAGCAUCUAGAGCCAAAGACUCAUCCCUCAUCUCCUCGACAUGCCCAAACACCCACUCCGCAAAGUGUCCAGGCUGCUUUGGCGCCAAAGAAUCUGUCCCUGCAUCAACGCGGUUUCUUCCACCCAUACAAGCGAUCCAUGUCUGAACUCCACUGCGACACUAGUCUGUUGCUCUCCUCCACGACAGGCUUUGCGCACAGCACGGACCCCGUGUGGAGGCCAUGGCCCCAGUGACGAACACUUGAACCAGUUGCUCUAUGAGAUUUGUGUUCAGAUGCUGACAGACUGUGUAAAUAUGUACUUCUGUUGUACAGCCUGAAGCCUUUGUACAGAAAAGAUAUUUUUCCCAGCAGCUUAAUCGUGGAUUGAUAGAGAUUUUAUCAACACUCUGUGUAGUUUUUGGUGUUGAAACUCCAUCCUGUUUUUGUUUAUAUUUUUUUUUCUGAAUUGAGCUGCAAAACUUAUUUUUUACUAUACGUCGCCCUAUGAUGGUUACUUUUUUGUAACCACCAACCAUGUGCCUGGUUGGUGUUACUUUGACGCGUGCGUAAAUCAGCUCAACUUUGACAUAGAAUUUAUUUUUGAUAUCUCUGCUUUGUGAUCCAGGUAAACAGAUGUUACACCAGAGUAGUUAUGUCCUUCUAUUGUCUGUGAUAUCUGUCCCCUUUUCCAAUAAAGCACGAUUUCCUGAUCACA